CAGUGCCUACAAUUCAUUAACAUAUCAUAUCAUAUGCUAAAUACUUGCAAAAAAUUUGUCUGCAGAGUUUUUGGAGUGUAUUUGUUUUUGAAUGUGAUGUGUACAUUGAUUAUUGCUGUAAAGAAAUAACAAUUUUAUUUUGGGGUCUGAAACCUUGACUUCUGUGCGAUGUUUCGUAAUAUAGAUACGAAAAAAAUAUCUAAUGUACAAGAACAUUGGAUGUUUAUUUCAAUUGGAUUUUUAUAAUCAUGAAAGUUUUUAAGCAAAGUGAUAUUUUAUGCUAUUUAAAAUUAUAUCAAUGUAUAAAACACUAAAAAAGUGAAAAAGUGAAGCUAAAGAAAAAUAUGCCAAGAAAAGUGAUGUGACACUGUUGACUUAACCAUGUUUUUAGCUCGGUCUACCAGACCGAUGGCACAAUUUGCCGCUCAAGCAGCACUGCGUUCUCGCUGGGGCUCUCUGAUUGAGUCAACCAGCAUCGACGUACCAGGCGAAGUUACCGAUGGUGUCCGAUCAGUAGUGGGAUGGCUAAAACAGGCUUCACUCGAAGUGCGUCAAGUCGGAAGGCGUGCAGUGAACCAGCUCGCGGGACGAGGGAUGGGCGAUGAGGUCAUCAUCAUACACUUCAACGAUGUUUACAACAUUGAACCGACGACGACCACGGAACCAGUGGGGGGUGCACUGAGAUUCAGUACUGCUGUCAAAGCGUUGCAACAUUUGAAUCCUCUGGUGUUAUUCAGCGGGGAUGUUUUCUCGCCCAGCAUGUUGAGCACGUUCACGAAAGGGGAACAAAUGGUGCCUGUAUUGAACGAAAUAGGAACGCAAUGUGCCGUGUUCGGGAACCAUGACUUCGAUUUCGGUCUAGAAGUCCUGUCGGGCUUAGUAGCCCAAUGCAAGUUCCCAUGGUUAAUGUCCAACGUAAUUGACAACGAGACUGGUAGACCUCUUGGUGAUGGACGAAUAACUCACCCUUACAUCGCUAACGGACACAAGAUCGGCCUCAUAGGUCUCGUGGAACAGGAAUGGCUCGAAACCCUGGCCACCAUCAACCCCGAAGAGGUGACUUUCAUAGACUUCCUCCAGGCUGGAUCGAAACUGGCUUCGCAGCUGAAACAAGAGGGCUGUGAGUACGUAAUAGCUCUGACACACAUGAGAACGCCGAACGACAUUAAACUGGCCGAGGGCUGUCCGGACAUCGACCUCAUACUCGGCGGACACGACCACGUCUACGAGGUCCUUGAGAUAAAUAACACGUAUAUAGUAAAAAGCGGCACGGACUUCCGUCAGUUCUCCAAAAUCAGCAUAUCGUUCAAGGGCGAAGCGCCCAAAGUGGAGAUAACCGAAGUCCCGGUGACCAGCUCGUAUCCCGAAGACGAGGUGCUCAAAGCUAAAGUGGAGAAGUACUCAGCAAUGAUCGAAGGUAAAAUGGACGAGGUAUUGGGCAAGUUCAGCGUACCGUUGGAAGGUCGUUUCUCGUACAUCCGCCGCAUGGAGUGCAACCUCGGCAACUGGGUCACAGACGUGCUGCUGGCGGCCACCGGGGCCGACCUCGUCGUCCUGAACUCGGGAACCUUCCGGUCCGACCAGGUACAUCCAGCUGGCGACUUCACUUUACGCGACCUAUCCACCAUUAUACCGAUGCGGGAUCCGCUCGUGGUGGUGGAAGCCAGCGGCGACGUCAUCCUCCAGGUCCUGGAGAACUCUGUCAGCAAAUAUCCGAGUCUGGAGGGAAGAUUCCCUCAGGUUGCCGGUGUGUCAUUCGCGUUCGACCCGUCGCUGCCCCCGGGGCGGCGCGUGGCCGAGCACGUGGUGAAGGUCGGCGAUGAGUACCUGCAGCGCGCCCAGCGGUACCGCCUCGCCGUCAAGCAGUACCUGCGCGCCGGCAACGACGGCUACACCAUGCUGCCCUCCUGCAAGCUACUCGUAUCGGAGGACAUGUGCCCCGAAAUAGGGAUGGCGAUACAGAACCACUUCGCUGCCAUCAACGUGCGCACCGGUAAAUCCAAACCUUCGAAGCACAGACAGUCGCUGGUCACGCUCAGCCGGAGGCACAGCUUAGUAAAGAUGCUCGAUGUAAACGAGCUAGACGGGCCGCCUCCUCUUCGAAGAGCUUCGUCGGCUGCCGUGGAGCCCACUCCACACAGCGGCCAUCACAGGCUGACGAGGCGAGCGUCCUUGGACGAUCUGGAGCAGCAAUCCUGCGAGUUGGCCCCCAAAAUAGAGAAUAGAAUCGUCGUCCUAGAUAAACCAGAGAAGCUUCAGGCUUUGCUCGCCGAGCGCGCCCGCUGGGAGUCCGAUACAGUCAUCAGGGAGGUGGAGGAUGAAAACUCACCCUAAGAAUUAGCACACCCAUUAUUCGGGUGUUUCAUUUGGUACAGACAUUUCAUGUAAUUUCGACAUCUCGGUUUGCCGUCUCACUCGAUUCUCGAAAACGUGAGUAUUCGUUAUCAUUUCAUCUAAUAAGAAAUGCAACACUCUGUAUAAGGAGAUUUUGUUUGCUGUAAUAUUUACGUACAUAAUAUACUUUCGUAGGUAAUCUGACUCUGUUGUCAAUAGUGUAUUAAAUCUGAACUGUCUUCCGGAAAUAUAACAAGGUUGUGUUUACAAAAUAACACACCCUGUACCAAACUCUCUCUUUGAUGUUAACAUCUCAAAUAUAAUAAAUCUGAAGUUAUAUCGUAGUUAAAUACAAAUAAGAUACAAAAUGCAAUACUCGUUGAAAUACUACUUGUUUUUAAAUAGCUUAGCUGUUUUUGUAUUUAUUUAGCAUAAAGGGUGUUCGAUUUUACUAAAUAUCAAUGUCAGCUUAUUGGCAUAUGCUUGAAGUUAUAUGUAUUUGAAUAUGAUGUUGAAAUUUGAACUAACAUACUUUUAUAUAUUAUGUCAUCAUCACCAUGACUUAUUUCUUCCCAUUUCAAUAUUGAAAGAGAUCUGUGUUAAUAAUCUUCCAUCACUUUCACAUUUUACGUGUGAAAAUAGGAUAGCAUUGUCUUUUCUUCCCCUUAAUACUUUUAUUACAAUUUUAAUACUCAGCUACACUCCCAAAAGAUUAUCUUUAAGUUCGAAUACGAUUCUUUGCGAUUUUCUUAUCGAUAAUUCGAAUAUAUGUUUGAAUCGAUAUUUAACUACCCGAGAUAUUAAGUUAUUAUUACAAAAACAGAAUCGAUACAAAACUCACUAUGAUUAUUCGAAUAUAUCUUUGAAUCGAUAUUUAACUACCCGAGAUAUUGAGUUAUUAUUACAAAAAUAGAAUCGAUACAAAACUCACUAUGAUUAUUCGAAUAUAUCUUUGAAUCGAUAUUUAACUACCCGAGGUAUUGAGUUAUUAUUACAAAAACAGAAUCAAUACAAUACUCACUAUGAUUAUCCGAAUAUAUCUUUGAAUCGAUAUUUAACUACCCGAGAUAUUGAGUUAUUAUUACAAAAACAGAAUCGAUACAAAACUCACUAUGAUUAUUCGAAUAUAUCUUUUAAUCGAUAUUUAGCUACCCGAGAUAUUGAGUUAUUAUUACAAAAACAGAAUCAAUACAAUACUCAGUAUGAUAAUUCGAAUAUAUAUUUGAAUCGAUAUUUAACUACCCGAGAUAUUGAGUUAUUAUUACAAAAACAGAAUCAAUGCAAGACUCGCUAUGAUAAUUCGAAUAUAUGUUUGAAUCGAUAUUUAACUACCCGAGAUAUUGAGUUACUAUUACAAAAAUAGAAUCGAUACAAUACCUAAUCUGAAUGAAAAUAGAAAUAUCAUGAUACAGAAUAUCGUUUUGUACUCCUACUAGUAUUUAACACGCACUAGUGAUCACUGUGACGCAAUAUUCGCUUUGGAUCGCUAUUCGCUUCGUACAGUAUAGCUUCACGCGCUUUGCACUCUUCAUUUCAAAAUUGACGUCGCCAUUUACCCUCCCGUCUCUAUAGGGGGCGUAACGGUCGAAUUUAUUUUGAAAUAAAUAAUUUUCAGUGCACUCUCUACCUUUAGAUUAGUUUUGAUGUAGGGUAGACGCACCAUUGCCUCUUUUUUCAUUUAGGCCAUUACAAUGAAGUAGGAAACCUAUGGAAAUGAAACGUCAACCAAAAUUUCGUGCCACUGUGACGUCAUCUGGCCACAAAACAUGGCGGCUUUAGUGCUGUACAAAAGAUUUCAAUGUUAUCAGGUUUUAUCGAUAAACGUUCUUGGCUCAUUUUAUUUUAAAUAUUGUUGAGUAUUAUUUAUUUGUAGAAUUUAUACUUUAAUGGGAAGUAAGUAGGUAUAUUGUUAUGUGCAAAUAUGAUAUGAUUUAGAUGGGUGAAAUCUAAGACAAGUUCGUCCUUCGAAUUUUCCAAGUAAACGAUAUGAUGAUUUUUAAAAGUUGCUACACUGAUUUUAUAAAGUUGUCGUUUGUCGCAAAACAUAAAGAUAUGGCGUAGUUCAAAGCCAUCAGCCCAUUUCUAGCAUGCUAAAUGUUAUCGUAUUUUGAGUACGUGUUUUUCUUAGACUAUAACAAUCUAUUUUAAUUGUUUUGCUGACUCUAAAGUCCGUAACAUACUACCGCAGCGCACCCCAAGGAAGGUGCGCCGCACCAUUUGAAUCACUUUCGCUUGAGAGUGAUUCAAAUUUUAAACUUAUCAAGGGACCGCGUGAAAAAAAAACACCUACAGAACAUUUAUUCAUUAAUUACAAACGUCAUUCCUUGUGACUUCCUCUCUAAAAUCACUUAAUUAUUAAAUAUUUAACAAAUUUACAAUAGUGUUUUACUCACUGCGGAAUAAAACUAUUUUAUUUAAAUAGUUCCGAUAUGUCGGUAGCCUUUUUCCCGAAAUAUCUAAACAGAAACAUCUAAAUAUGUUUUGAUGACAUAUUUUAAAGUGGUAUUUAUGAUUAGUGUCAUGAUCAAUAGAUUCCGACCGAAAAAUGGAUUUUUCGGAUGAGGGCUCCAUAAUGAAUUUAAAUACAUAUGAUAAUAGUUUUAGGGCAUCGACUUUCUUGAGAUCCUAUAAAAUACGUUUUAAUUAUUAUUUUUGUAUGUUUUAAGCAUGAUAAAUUAUGAAAUUUUAUAUAAUCAAUCAUAUUAAAUCGAUAUCAAAGUCAAUAAAUAAUGUACAACCCAAAACAGACGGCCGAAUUGACGUGACAAUGACAUUUGGCGCGCUAAACAUGGCGGAUUUUCGGCCUCAUUAGACGGAGACGGAGAUAUUUACGUAUAUUCAUGUUUCAUUUUAUGUACGCACUGAAAUACUGUUAUAUUGUUUUCCUGCGAGUUAAAGUGCUGAGUAAGAACGAGAUAGAUAUAUGUUUAUGUAUGUGCCUUCAAAAUGGGUGCUAUUUAUAUAAGCAAUUGUACGUAUAGAACAAUAUGUCGUGUCCCUACUAUAUAGGUCUAUGGGCCAUUAUCAUACGUAUUAUUUAAGUAACAACUACCCUAAAAAUGGUCGUAUAAUAUCGAUACAACCAAUCUCUAUCAAAGGAAUCUACGUGCCUUUUAUACUGUGCGCCUAGUAAUAAAACACUAGUACGUCUAACACAACCCUGAAUUAGGGAUGUGCCAGAAUAAUUUUAUUAAUAAAACUAUUAUUUUUUUAAUUAAUCACAAAGAAACUUAUUGUUGUAUAUGCUUUCAAAGCUUAUUUUAGUUUUAUGAUUACGCAUCUCAUUCUUAUCUGAUCAUAUCGUUUUUAUGUAUAAGUUUUUAGCUUGAAAAGCACAUUUACUCUAUUAAAUAGUCUUUUUUUAAUUAAUAUUUGUUUGUUAAAUAUUGUAUAGACAUUAAUUAAUAUCAUAGCUUACGUAAACAUAGGAGAAUAUUAUUUUUAAAUGGAUAAAGACAAUUAAAAAUGAAGCCACAAUAUUUUCAGUGCCUUGCAGUUAUUUUAGUACAGCGUAUGUGCGUUUUGUAAGUUAAUGAUAAAGUACUAAACCAAAAAAAAAUUCACUUAUUUUUUUUAUAAUAAUUUUUACUCUUACAUUUUACUUACGACUGUCAAUGGUCAAUACUGAUUCACUAACAGAUAAUUCACGCUUUUGUUAUUAGGAUUAUCAGUGCAAUGCUUAUAUAAUGUCAUCCACAUAUAGCUGCUAUUCGAAAUAAUAAUAAUAAUAAAUAUUUACUAACAAUCACGCCACGUUAACUGGUCCCGUGAUAAGUUCGUAAAGAACUUGUGUUACAGGUACCAGAUAACGGAAAUAAUGUAAUAUUUUUAUUAUACACAUACAUAUAUUUGAUAUACAUCCAUAACCCUGGAAAAGACAUUUAUAUUUAUCAUACAAAAUAUCUUCCCUUGGUGGGAUUCGAACCCGCGAUCCCCUUGUGUAGUGACCAUGUCACUUACCACUACACCAUACGGACGUUAAAUAUAUCGAGGAGUGAAAGGCAUAACAUUGGUUUAUGAGAUAUAACGCUAAUACGCGACAUUUAUCUUUGUAAUUAAAGGUCCGUUUUAUUUGGUUAUAAGCAUCAACCGUUCGAUGUUUUUAAUUAAACUUAACAAUUAAGUUAACCCCAUACGAAUAGCUGAAGAAGUUUUUUUGUUAUGAUACUUUUCCCACACAGCCAUCAUAGAACGCGAGAUAUUUGACAGAUGCCUGAAUCUCGCUUACGACAUUUUCAAGAUAAGCUUGCAUAUAUACAAGUUCCGAACAACAACAUUCGCCCACUUCGAUAAAGCGGCACGACACGAGAACCCUCUCAUCGUGGCCACCGGUAACUACAUUCCCGAUCCUGCGUAAAGAAUGGAAAGCAGUCGACGUCGCCCAAAACACGUCAUCUCGGAUCCUCCCGAUCCACUGACGGCGCUUCUAGGUACUUCAAGCACCGGUCACCGUUCUCGUCGAACCCGUCGCUUGCGACGAAGGGCUCGACGAGUAAAUUAACUCUCAGACACAGCCCACUGAGUUUCUCGCCGGAUCUUCUCAGUGGGUCGCGUUUCCGAUCCGGUGGUAGAUUCUGCGAAGCUCGGCUCUUGCUAGGGUUCGUAUCAGCAACGUCGUCAGGUUUGAGCCCCGUGAGCUCACCUUCUAGUUACGGUUACGCUGGAAUAGCCUCUCAAGGCUACCAGCUUAGAUAGGAAAAAAAAACAACAUUCGGACCGUCGGUCUACCGAGCAAUAUCACUCGCUCGGUGGAAGAUCUUCCUUUCAUCGUUAUACCCACAGCUCUCCUGUAAAGUUGGUAAAAUGUCGCUAAAUCCAUACACUCUUUCACCCCUCGAACAUACCAAAAUUUUCGAUAAACCAUGUUAUUAACGCAAUUAUCUAUCAGCCGACAUAGCUUUAAUUGAGGUGGUGAUGUGCUUUUUAUUAUAAUAUAACGUUCGCAAACCUGUCUAAUAGGAGCUGUUCAAGUAUUACUGGUAGUAGGACCUCUUGUGAGUCCGCACUGAAGCAGUAUAAUGCGUUUAGGUUUGAAGGGUGGGGCAGCCGUUGUAACUAUACUGAGAACUUAGAACUUAUAUCUCAAGGUGGGUGGCGCAUUGACGUUGUAGAUGUCUAAGGGCACCAGUAACCACAUAACACCAGGUGGGCUGUGAGCUCGUCCACCCAUCUAAGCAAUAAAAAAAGGGGAUGGGGAGUCUUUGCUUUGAGUCAUGGGGGGUUCUAGAUGGUGAUGACGUCAGCACCAGUUAUUUACUUUUUUACGCAUAUUGGCAACCUACACAUUGUCUAUGCUUAAAAACGAUACGCAUUUUCGGGGAUUCCCAUAAAUAAUUAAUAAGUUUAGGUACUCGCUUGGAACCGGGUAGGGGAAUUAUCUCGCGCAAAUAAAUGAAUAUUACGUGUGUUAAAGUCCUCAAUCCUAAGCCUAUUUUCUUGUUUCUAGAAUUAUAACUGCUGCUCGUGAAUCAUUAAAAAAAUUAGAAUAAAUUAGUAGAGAAAUUCAUAUACCAGUGUUUACAUUAGCAUUUCAGAGCUUUGCUUACUUUUGCUCACGAGGGGAAAGGGGGGGGAGGGAAUAAUUGUAAUAAAUCUGCUUACGUAAUACUUGAACGGCCCCAUAAGGUAUUUUAAAGUUUUCAUCACUGACUCUGCUGUCUGUACCACGGCUUGUACAGUCAGCAGCGCAUAUGAGUCCGAUAACAUUAAGGGCUCCCGCACGCUGCAAAACUUUGUUAAUUCGAGAGUUAACGGUAGCUAGAUGUAUCGAGAGCUUUCUACGUAGACCGCUGGUAGGAUGUGUCCCUUGUAACACCAUGUUUCUACGUCAUCAAUUUUUUUCUUCCUGGUGGUCAGCAGAGCCCAUAGACAUCUACAACGUAAAGGCCGCCACCCACCUCGAGACGAGAGUUCUAAGGUCUCAGUUCUUACAGUACAACUUCGACUGGCUUCGUCAUUAUUAGUAGGUAUACUAAGAAGCUAUAUAAUUACGAAUUGUCACGCCUUAUCUGUGUAAGCAAUAUGAUUGCUUCCGCCUGUAUUUGUAGUAGUCGUUUGAAUUUUUUAUUUUAAUGACUAAGAUGAUAUUUUUUUAGCUUGGGCGAUUUCAAUUUCGCCAACCACUACGCUGUAAUAAUUAUUGUAUUCUGUAAACGCUAAUCGGUUCAAUAAGCAUAAUAAAAAUAGUAUAGUUUCUUUAUUAUGUGCGAGUCGUAGUAUAAUUAAACCGCGUAUAAUUAAAACUAAUUUUACGGUUAAAUCUCGGGCUUCUUAAGGCUUCGUCAAACAGAACGCGUACUUAGCGCGCGUCAGAAUGCUAAACUAACGGCGCGCUAUGACGACGAGAUGUGCUGUACUACUAUGGUAACAAACUGUCAAACAGAGCCCCAGCGCUAGCAGUACGCAACGCUCUGUCGUGGCGUUAGGACGCUUUGACGUCAGGCGUUAUAAUUUUUUACAAAUUUUAUUUUAGCGUCGCGAGUGAAUGUGCAUUAAAAUACUGGGAUUACCCAAAAAUUGUUAGAAUAUACCCAUGCUUAUACAAUGCCACAACUGAAUCACUCGACAUCUUAAUACUUUUAAAUUUUCACACUGCUAUCGAAAGGCACUAUGAUUUAGCGAAUGUUACGUUGCGUCAAGGAGCGUUAGGGUCAUCUAGUCAAUUUGUGUGACAUGAAAAGAGCGCGACGUUAAAAAGCGGCGUUAAGCACGCGUUCUGUUUGACGAAGCCUUUAAUCGAAACCUCUGAAAUAUUGUCGAUGGGUUUUGCACGCGACAUUUUUGCAACAUUACAGAAGAACUAUUUGAAGUUUAAAAUUUAGAAAAAUAUCAUGACAAAAAAAAUCUUCAGCUAUUUGAAUGGAGUAAACUUAAUUGAUUAAAAACAUCGAACUGUUGAUACUAAUAUCAAAUAAAACGGACCUUUAAUUACAAAGAUAAAUGUGGCGUAUUAAGCGAAAUAUCACUUAAACCAAAUAGCCUUUUAACCCUCGAUGUAAUAAUGACAAUUUAAUAAAAAAACGCAAUUUUAAACCGUAAAAUUAAUUGGAAUUACAAUAAAAUUAAUUCUCUUACGUAAACUCGCAAUAGACAUCAAACCGAUCAGCCGACGGAUCGCAACAUUCAUUGCGUGCAAUAGAAAAAUGUUGAAUAUAUCGACGCAUGUAAGGCAAACGUGACUAAGCGACAAUACGUGAAUUUUACAGUAGACUAAUUUAAAGUUGAAAUACCUGAAAAAAAUUAUAUUUUAACGAAUCUAGCUGUAGGAUUGAAAUUAUUUUAAUAGACCUAGAAAUAUUUUUUUUUUGCGCAUCGAAUAUGGUUAUUGCCUAUAAUUUAUGUACAAAGCAGUUAUUGUCGCUUAGUCACGUUUGCCUUUCAAGCGUCGAUAUAUUUGUUUGAUUAUCGCGUCAGAAGUCACCGACCUACCUAACAUGUGAUCGUAUAUUGUCGAGAAAAAUAUAAUUACAGCCUGCGUUAACAAUUAAACAUUACACAUUAACAACCACGUUAUAGGUAACCUUAUUUUAAGCCUUGACUUCGUCUGAUGUACAAAUAACUUAACAUUUAACUUAAUAAAAAAUGAGUAGUGAUAAUUUCUAAAUACCCUCUAAAUCGUCUACAUCAGUGAUCGGUAACGCGCAGCUUUUGACUCCUUGGGUACGGCGGCUCUUCCGCGAAAUGUUUAGUUCUGACAUUCACAGAAUCUAUAUAUAUAAAAAUGAAUUGCUGUUCGUUAGUCUCUCUAAAACUCGAGAACGGCUGGACCGAUUUGGCUAAUUUUGUUCUUGAAUUAUUUGUGGAAGUCCAAAGAAGGUUUAAAAGGUAGAUAAAUAUGAAAAUGCUCGGAAUUAAAUAAAAAUAACAAUUUUGUUUUUCCUUUGAUGUGUCCCCCGUCGGACGGAUUUAUUUUCUUUGUUUUAAGUUUAUUUUAUACAAAAGUUUAGGUCUUUUAUUUAUCGAUUGAGGCACUACGAAGUCAGCCGGGUCAGCUACUAUUAAAUAUUCUCUUGCCUUUAAACAAAAGCCUAUAAAAAUAAACGUUAAUAAAAUUAAUAAUUGGUUGUCUGUAAAGUCGGAUAAUGGACAAUAGUUUUACGUGAUAACGUCAGUAGCAGAACUAUUCGAACUGCUGGCUCUGACGUCACGCGAGAAGAGAGAUAAAUGUGUCACAAGGCAAGGCAACCUUUGGCCGAUUGUGCCUCUCUGUCGCUUGUUUCGCGCUCUAGCUUGCACGCCGGAACGUGACACUUUUUCGUGCGUGCAGCCGGUGUUCAUCGAUUUUGGAUAAAUUUCAAUUGUGUAUUAUCUAUAUAGAUAAUACACAAUUGAAAUUUAAAUUGGUUGACAAAGUUGCCGAUCACUGGUCUAUAAUAAAGCUUAAAGACACGUUGAUAAGAACACACUGAAUAUAAAUGUAUCGUUUAUGAUUUAAAUUGUGGCUCACAUCGUAACUUACCUAUAACGUACCUUUAGGUGGUUGUCAAAGUUCGCGUUUUGUGAGAAGGAAUCUAUUCGCCGUUGCAAUGAUUGUAAUUUUACGAUGCAUGUUGAUAGGUAUAGUGCGUACCCGAUUAGCGCCGAAGUCUUGGGUGCGACUAGCGAUUGUCGAAGACGAUGUUUUGUGUUAAUUUUUCCAUACACAAUAUGGAUGACAAAAUACUGGUAGUUAAGUUAGAAAAUAAUUGCAAGUUUAGAAUACACAGCCGCCGCCAGUUACAUUGUUAUGUAAAAAAAUGUCACUUCCAAACAUACAGCCAAUUUUUAUAUGAAAAUUAUAUUAUAUUAAAGAAAGUCAGUAUGUAACCGUCGCUUUUUCUUCUAAAUUGACAAAAGAUAUCUUGUUUUCAUAGGAUAAUCUACCUCAUGUCUAUGAUACCGUUAUACCUUAAUAUAAUUCAAUUUAAACGCAUAAGGCUAGUUGCAUCCAAUGGCAGAUCUUAUGAGAUUAACGUUACUAUUAAAUAAAUUAAUAUUCGUAGUGUAAUAUAAUCGAACUAUUGCUAUAGAAAUGCGCACUCAACCGAAUGGCACACCGCCACGGAAACUGUCAUCGUGUGACGACAAAUACAUAUCGAUUAGUUUAUAAGUAAAUUUACGAAAGCAACGAAAAUUAUUUUUAGAACAACAACAAACAGAGAUUGAAGUACCGGUAAAAUGGGGCGAUUAGGGAUUGAAAGGCGAAUCGGGAAAAAACCAGGAAAAUCUUUCGACGCUCAAUAUAAGUUUUAUAUUCGUUGCAAAAUCUUCAAUUUUUUUAUAGUUUAAUAGUAGAAUGUUGAAAGAUCACAAAACAACUCUGAAUAUGCAUGAUAAUAGCUGCUAACUUAUAAAAAAUCGCGUUUCAAAUUAACUUCCGGUGGUGGUAAUUAUUUUAGUGCUAGAAACUUUGCUCUCUUUUAUUUAUUUGAUAAUAAUAGAAGACGACUAUGAUUUAUAAACGUUAUUUAGUGUUUGAACCAGCAUAUAUAUUAAAGGUAAGUCUGAGUUGUUAUUGGUUUUAAUGUAUUUGAUUAAAUAAAAAUACAUAUAAAAAUCUGUUGUUUUUGGGGAUAUUGGGGACGUCUUAGGUAUAAAUAACAACGAAAAAGGGGUCAAUUGGGAUCAGAAUACGUGAAAUGGAAACGACCUAAGUAUAAAUAGGUACAGGUUUGUAGGGUUGUCUAUGUAGUUAUAACAAUAUUUUUUUAAUUUGUUGGUAAAAAUCUGGUUUAUCGAAGCGAAAUUGGGAAUGUCUUUAGUUGAAAUAGAUAAGCAAUUUAAUAAAAGUAAGUCGAUUUUGCAGAGACAUGUAACAAGAUCAAUGAAAUUUCAAGGUGGACAAAAAUGUCUAAGUAAUACAUAAUAAAAUAUUUAAUAUUUGUUCAGAGUGGGGGUAUUUAUCUGAUUAAUCCAUGGAAUAACCGACACACCUAAUCUCUUAACCCAGAUAGAAAUAUCAGCCCCUAAGUACUUACCAAGAACGGAGAAAUAUAAACCGUUUCUAAGAAAGCCCACUAUAUAUGUGUAAAUAUAUAUAUAUAUAUAUAUAUAUAUUUUGUUGUUACUGCACUGUCGAUUGCACCUAUAAUUGAGGUGAGGUCUGCCAUGUACUUUUGUCAGUUUUUCAAUUUUUUUUAUUGAUGGUCACUUUGUUGGUGCAACUAAAUAAAUAAAUUAAUUAAAACUAUAUAUAAAAAUAAAAGUAGUGCCAACCCUAGCAAAUUUCUCAUUUCGUCCCAAUUAACCGCAAUUUUCGGGUAAAUAGGGAUUACACUUAUUUUUGCAUUUUUUGCAUAAACUGGAAUGCUAGUUGCAUAAUUUUAAAUUAGACAACAAAGAUACCCCCAAGACUCAAUCAUUUUGAUCCUGAUAUAGCAUUAUAUACAUCAACAACUACCUUAAAAUUGCUCAUAAAGUUGGAAUUUGUCCCUAAUCGCCCCAUUUUACGGUACGGUACAAAACUUGAAUGUCACGUUUUUGACAGUGACAGUAUGUAAAAAAAUGUCCAUAGAUUAUAAACAUACCUCGUCAUACGAUGGCAGUUGUGGGUUAUUAAUAAUGCUGUGACCUGAUAUUUUAACUGGCAGACGAUUUAAUAUAUUGUAAUAUUGAAUAAGUCGAAUAAAAAGGUUCUGUGUUAGCCAUUUCAGAGUAAUUUCUAAAUAUCUCAGUACAGUGGCGGAUUAAAAAGGUCCAGAGCGCCCUAGUCAAUAACUUUAUCGGCGAUCAUAAUACUAUAAAUUUUAACUAGUUGUUUUAACGCAAUUACGAUGACGUUGUAUCAUCAAACCCUAGACUUUAGUAGACCAGGACCCUUGUACUUACGCUAAUGCGGGAAUGAAAUGCAAACAAACGCGCCAUAUUGCAUAAUACGAGUAUAUCGAUGCUUGUGCAAUAUAAUCUAUUAUAGAUUUAGGUUAUAAAUCAGCAUUUAGUCCUUAAUCGUCGAUAUGUUAUUUUCUUUAUUUAUUUAAAAAUUCUGAGCUCGCGCGCCCCUUGUCACUACAUGCCCCUAUGCACGUGCCUAGUUUACCUUACGGAUAAUCCGCCUCUGUCUCAGUAUGAUCAAACUUUGGUCAUGGAGUGCUCUCGGCGCCAUAGCAUGUCAUUAGAACGUACAUUGGCCAGGCUAAUUUCUCUAAACAACAAAAAUCGAAGCCGGUUAAAAUAUUGGUAUCAAAAAGUACUAGUUUUUUAAAUAUGCACGCAUACUUUGUGAUUUCAUUGAAUCUACGCUAGUUUGUGAUUUUUGUGAUAUAUUAUUAUUAUUGAUAUAUUAUAUUCUGUUUGCUAAUAAAUAAUAUUUGUUAUUGUUUUUAUUGAAUCAUUUUAUUAUAAAUUAUUGUAACUAAA